UGACGGAUGUCUUAUUCAACGCCAACUCAUCCAUCAAUUUCUACAUGUUUUUUGGCGGCACUAACUUUGGGUUCAUGAAUGGCGACCGAGUGGUGACCAGUUAUGAUUACGACGCCCCUCUUUCCGAGACAGGCAAUUAUACGGCAAAGUAUUGGAAAACUAAAGAAUUGGUGGAAAAGUUUGUCAAAGAGAGAGGUUUACCACAACUAUUGAUACCCAAACCCCCGGAGUAUCUGAAACCCAAGGCUUACGGAAAGGUUAAAGUCGUUGACUAUCUGUCUCUGGAGGACGUGUUGAGCAAAAUCAAGCCAAUCGUCACCCAAAAGCCAACGCAUAUGGAGUUAUUGAAUUUGGGUGACAAUCAUGGUCAACAUUUUGGGUUCAUUAACUAUAGGCUCGCAAAUUUGCAAAAAUUUAAACACUUGAAACUAACCGGUGGUGUAUCGGAUCGGGCGGUAAUACUUAUUGACCACAAAGAGGUGGUAACCAUAGAGACUAAUAAAGACUACGAACUGAACGUAACUGACUCUCAAUUCGCGAAUACAACGACCCAUACGUUGGAUAUUAUUGUGGAAAACAUGGGUCGUGUGAACGGCGGCGCAGAAAUGAAUUCCGCCCGAAAGGGUCUGAAUGGAGACGUGACUAUUGAUGGGAAAAUAGGGUCAAAAUUCGAGACAUUUCCCAUUGAAUUGAAACAACAAUUUGUUCAACAAAUGCAUGAAUUGAAGGGAAAGCCAUUCGUUGAGGGCAUCAAAAGUCCAUCACUUUAUAGGUUAUCAUUGGAUAUAAAGGAGAGUCCGAGCGAUACGUUUGUCCGAUUGGACGGCUGGACGAAAGGCAAUGUGUUUGUCAAUGGCUUCAAUGCGGGCCGUUAUUAC